GCGCGCUCGUCUCUGCGCGCAGCGAAAAUUUUGCCGUUGUUUUUUUGUGUUUUUAACUCGCUCGCUCGCAAUUUGUGUGUGUUUCAGUUGAGCUUGAAACGCUUAGCGAAAAAGUUUAGCUCGCGCGAUAAAUUCUGAAUGGCGAAAAAGUGAUUUGAAUUUGAAUAGUGUCUGUGCUUUCUCAAUAAUCAUUGCACGUCAGCCCUUCCUCUUCCCAAUUGCUCGCAGUGAUAAACCAAUUGAUAAGACAGACAUAUCUUAAAAUAUAUACACAUAUAUAUACAUAUAUACCAGACUUUUGAACUCAGCAACUUUUCGAAAUUAAAUUUGAAAGAAUAUUUAAUUAAGUCUCACCCAUUUGGCACGAUUUGUGUAUGUGAACGACCUAUAAACGUGCCAUCGUAAACAACAAACAACAAACAAAACAAAAAAUCAGUAACAACAACAACGAAAUAUAAGAAAAAUAAGAAAUAUAUUAACUCUUGAUCAUGAAUGACCGUGAAAUGAGCUGCAAUUCGGGCGGCCAAUUUAUGGAUCGCGGACGCAUGAAUCAGAAUGGAGUUGUCCAGCCUCUAUUAACUGAUUUAUACCAAAUAACAAUGGCCUAUGCCUACUGGAAAUCGGGCAAAACGGAUGAUCAAGCCGUGUUUGAUCUCUUCUUUCGCAACAAUCCAUUCCAUGGCGAGUUUACCAUAUUCGCGGGGCUGGAGGAGUGUCUGAAGUUCUUGGACAGCUUUCACUAUUCGCAGAGCGAUAUUGAAUACCUGCGUCAAACAUUGCCCGAGGGCAUUGAGAACGAAUUCUUUGAGUAUUUGGGCAAUUUGACAGCUCAUGAUGUUACGCUCUAUGCUAUAGAUGAGGGCACGGUGGCAUUUCCUCGCGUGCCGAUCAUAAAGCUGGAAGGACCCUUGAUAAUCGUGCAGCUGCUGGAGACAACGCUGCUGACGCUUGUUAACUAUGCCAGCUUAAUGGCGACAAAUGCAGCGCGCUAUCGCAUGGUGGCUGGCAAACAUGUGAAGCUAUUGGAGUUCGGGCUGCGGCGGGCGCAGGGUCCGGAUGGCGGGCUCUCCGCAUCGAAGUAUUCCUAUACAGGUGGCUUUGAUGGCACCUCCAAUGUGCUGGCUGGCAAACUGUUCAACAUACCCGUCAAGGGCACGCACGCCCAUGCCUAUAUCACAAGCUUUAGCAGCGUGGGCGAGCUGAAGACGCGGCUGCUCAAGCACAAGCAAACGGGCAUAAUGGAGGAUUUACUGGAGCAUGCCAUACGGCAUCGUCAAAUGCUUUCCCAUGUCCUGGACGUGUCAACGGAGGAGUCGAGUGAAGGGGAACUGGCAGCUAUGGUCUCGUAUGCCAUCGCCUUUCCGGAUGGCUUUAUGGCGCUUGUCGACACGUACGAUGUUAAGAGCCGAGUUACAGAACAAGUCACACAAGUCUCAUACGUACAAACUGAUAACAAAUCAAGAACUGCAGCGACAGCAACAGCUGCAGCCAUAGCGAACGGCUUGCCGCCAACGCCACCUGCGACGCCCCAAGGUGCGACGACGAAUGGCCAGCUCAAUGGGCACAAGAGCCAUCUGAGCCAAUAUGAGCUAACAAACGGGCAGUCGAACAACAAACCUAGCACAGAGCCAGCUCUCACAGAUAUAGCCAGUGCAACAACAACAACAACAACAACUCCAACUAUCAACACUUCAACGUCCAAUGGGACGGCGUACCUACCAAAAUAUGUCGAGAAGUCAUUCAGAAGUGGCCUGUUAAACUUCAGCGCUGUGGCUUUGGCACUCAACGAUUUGGGCUAUCACGCCUUGGGCAUACGCAUUGACUCUGGCGACUUGGCCUAUUUGUCCUGCUUGGCGCGCGAGGCCUUCGAGAAGGUGGCGGAACGCUUCAAGGUGCCCUGGUUCAAUAAGCUAACCAUAGUCGCCUCCAACGACAUCAACGAGGAUACCAUUUUGAGCCUGAACGAGCAGGGACACAAGAUCGAUUGCUUUGGCAUUGGCACGCACCUGGUCACCUGCCAGCGACAGCCCGCACUGGGCUGUGUUUACAAACUGGUGGAGAUCAAUGGGCAGGCGCGCAUUAAGCUGAGCCAGGAUGUGGAGAAGGUCACCAUGCCGGGCAAUAAGAAUGCCUAUCGUCUCUACAGCGCCGAUGGACAUGCUUUGAUCGAUCUGCUGCAAAAGGAUUCGGAGCAUCCGCCAGCCGUGGGCCAGAAGGUGUUGUGUCGUCAUCCGUUCCAGGAAUCGAAGCGUGCCUAUGUCAUACCCUCGCACGUCGAAUCGCUCUACAAGGUGUACUGGAAGGCGGGCAAGAUAUGCCAGCACCUGCCGACGCUGGAGCAGGUGCGCGAAAAGGUGCAAAUAUCAUUGAAAACACUGCGCAACGAUCACAAGCGCACGCUCAAUCCAACGCCCUAUAAGGUGGCUGUCAGCGAUAAUUUAUAUAAUUUCAUACACGAUCUGUGGCUGCAGAAUGCGCCCAUUGGCGAGCUCUCAUGAUCUAUAUAAAGAGCCUAGUCUGGCCGCCGAAAGAAACAACAAACCACAAUAAUUGAAAGCAACAAUUCCGCAAUAAAUUAAUAAUUUUUUAGUCAUUUGCUGGUCAUAUGCAUUAAUUAACAAGAAAGUAAAGCGAAAAUCAGAAAAACUUCAAUGUGCAAAAAUGUGUUUUGUUCGCACAAACUUUAUGUAAACCAAUGUAGCAGCCCAUCAUUACAAAGAAUCUUUAUAUAUAUACUAUAUUCUAUAUAUCUUCUAUAUAUACACGCACAUAUUAAUCAGGAAUGUGUCAUGUGCCUUACACAACAACUACAACAAAGGAAAAUAUCGUAAACUGUAACCAAAUACUUAAGUGGAAAGAAACGACGACGACGACGACGACGAAGAGGACAAGAAAAUCUGGAUGUAUUUAAUAUUUUUUAGUCAUUAAGUGUUGUAUGUUGCUAACACAAAAAAAAACCAAAAC